GUUUGAGAGCAAGACGUGUGCAAGUGACCGUUCCAAGGGCGUGGAUCUUCGGGGUAUCUCCCGACAUGUCUUUGGUAGUUGGAAUUGUUCCGUGUUGCAGAAAGUCUGCGCGUCUUGUCGUCGGUGAAUUUCUUGCGACUGUUGCUUGAUGCUUUGUGGCGCACGUGGCGCCCAUUCUUUCCUGUUGCUUGUCUACGAGGGCAACCUAAUAAACGACUUUACCAUCUCUUCAUCCCUGUCAACCUGGUCAGUCGUGCUUAUCCAGCAGCACUAGGCUUGGAACCAAUCAACACUCUAGAGCGAAGGUUAACCCCAUAUUCCCCUGAUGAAGCGGACACAUGUCGGCUGGAUCUGGAGAUGCUGGCAAGGGCAAGGCAGCCCCGACUCACGAGGAGCUCAGGACUGCCGUCGACGAGGGCACCGCCAGAAUGGAGCGUAUGAUGACCGAGAAGUUAGGGACCGUCAUGGAAGCCCUGUCUCGGUUAGUGCCCGAGACACCGCCCGCCGAAAGUACGACCGGAGCGGGCGGCGGGGGAGAGUCACGGGAGGGAAGGCACGCCCCUCCCGGCGCUGGUCGUGUGGAUCAAGCGCCGACCACCGGACAGGUGCUCGAGGGAGCACGAGGACUGCCGGACACAGCCCCGCAAGGACCCACGCUGCCGUCUGUGGGGGACGUCUCGCACGAUAGCGCAACCAGUGACCCGCUGGCACGGUACGACCCAACCAUGAAUGGCCGGAUCCCGCGCCUCAAGCAGCUAAACUUCGAUGGCCAAGAAAAGAACUGGCUAAUGUUCAAGAACGACUUCACGACGCAGAUGCAAAUGAUGCAUGCUCUGAACGAUAGCCGAGACAUUGAGGUCAAAGGGGAAGGUUGA